AUGAACCAUAUACGAGCUUGUUUUAGAUCAGUUGGACUACUCCGCCGACACUCAUCUCCCUUCACAGCUUCAUCUCUCCCCGCAUCUCCCUUCGCUUUCACGGUCCAACCAAACUCCGUCCGAACAAUGGCCUCCGCAAUGGCAAAGCGCCUCGAAGGCAAGACUAUUGUUGUUACUGGUGCCUCUUCUGGUAUUGGAAAGAGCACGGCCAUGGAAUUCGCCCGCUCCUCGCCCAAGAGCCUCAAGCUAAUCCUGACAGCUCGUCGCAUCGACUCGCUGAAGGAGGUUGCUGCGGAGAUCCAGAAGGAGGUCGGCGAUGGCGUGAAGGUUCUUCCCGUGAAGCUCGAUGUCAGCAAGCCGGAGGAGAUCGACAACUUUGUUCCUUCUUUGCCUGCGGAGUUCAAGGAGAUUGACGUUCUGGUCAACAAUGCUGGUCUAGUCAAGGGCGUUGCCCAGGCAGGUGAUAUCGCUGCCGAGGACCUGAAGGUCAUGUUCGACACCAACGUUACUGGCCUGAUCAACAUGACUCAGGCAAUCCUGCCUAUCUUUAAGAAGCGCGAUGAGGGUGGCCGCGGUGAUAUUAUUAACAUCGGUAGCAUUGCUGGUCGUGAACCCUACUCCGGUGGUAGCAUUUACUGUGCCACCAAGGCUGCCGUACGCUCUUUCACUGAUGCGAUGAGAAAAGAGCUCAUUGCUACGAGAAUCCGUGUUAUUGAGAUUGAUCCGGGUCAGGUCGAGACUGAGUUCUCUGUUGUCCGAUUCUAUGGAGACAAGUCCAAGGCCGAUGCUGUUUACAAGGGUGUUGAGCCAUUGACUGGUGACGACAUCGCCGAGGUCGUUGUCUUCGCUGCCAGUCGCCGCGAGAACGUCGUCAUUGCCGAUACCCUAGUGUUCCCUAGCCACCAGGCUGCGGCUGGUGUCAUGCAUCGCAAGGCAUGA